AGAACAUACAGGGUGCCCAGAAGACUGGUGAUGUCAAAGAGACACACAGGAUACCCAAAGCCGUUUGCAGACUCGUGACGUGAAAAGUGUUUUGAGUCAAGAAGUCGAAGGAGUUGGUGUAUAAAAGAAAAAUAAAUGGCUACCAGGUUUGUCAAGAAUCCUCACUUGGCCAGUCUAGAGGACGACAUGCUAUUUCACAUUGGCAUCAGUGGCAGUAGUGAGCUAAGCAAGACAUUUGGGGAUGUCAAGUUUGUAUGUAUGGGUGGCAGCACCAACCGAAUGAGACAAUUUGCAAAAUACCUGAAACAACAACUUAAGCCAUACCUGGAAAUCAGUGAUGAUGAAGAUCCAAAAAACCUCUCCACCUCUGAUCGCUAUGUAUUGUACAAAGUGGGGCCAGUUCUAGCGAUAAAUCAUGGUAUUGGCAUUCCGUCACUCAUGGUUAUACUUCAUGAAACCCUUAAACUUCUUCAUCAUGCUGGGGCAGAAGGUGUGUCAUUCUUCCGAACUGGAACUUCUGGAGGACUUGGACUGAAAGCAGGUACUGUGGUCCUAACGACUACUGCAAUGAAUGCAUUAUUGGAGCCAUACCAUGAGCAGGUUAUUCUUGGAAAGGUUACUAAAUUUCCUGCCAGUCUGGACGACAAGCUCAAGGAAGACCUGAUGCAAUGUAGCGAUGGAAUCCCAACAGCUGAGGGCAAAACCAUGUGCACUAACGAUUUCUAUGAAGGGCAAGGGCGUUUGGAUGGAGCGUUCUGCGAGUAUACACUUAACGAUAAACUUGAUUUCCUCAACAAGGCCUACAGUCUUGGUGUUCGCAACAUUGAGAUGGAGAGCGUGUGUUUUGCCGCCAUGUGCAAGCGCGCAUGCGUACCUGCUGCCAUAUUAUGCGUGACUCUGUUAGACAGGUUGAACGGUGACCAGGUCCACUUGACGCCUGCCGAGCACGAGGAAUUCCAGGCGAGGCCUCAGCGCAUCGUUACCGCUUACAUCAAGAAGUACCUUGCGGCCAGAGAGAUGGAAAAGCAGUCUAGGCCUACCAAGAGACCGAAAGCCGACUAAGCCAAACGCAAUACAUUAAGUUAUUCAUAAUGCAAUUCUUUAAAAAUCUCAUGGACGGGUAUUCAACAAUUUGGUGGGCGCUUUUACUUCUUUAGAAGAGAUGGGCGGGAAGACUGGGAUAAUCGGGCGAGGAGGUACCGCCCUCUGUUUUAGGGAAAAAAAAUAUUUAGCCGUUUCACAUUUUACAAAUGAGAUGAACUAAUUUUCGAUCAAGGUGAGUUAGGUAGAUUUCGUCGUUGACAUAUUUAUUUUUUCUAUAGGGUUUUGUGAGCUUGAGUGUCAUAUGUCUUGUCCUAUUUCAUCCACAUCACAUCUUGUCCACAUUAUUUAAGGUAAAGGCUCUCUGCCCCUUUGGCUCAAGGCCCUCGUUAGACGCCAGAAGAAAGUGCAACAUUCAUUUUCGGAAAUAUAUAAUUUUUACUGAUUGAAUUCGUACGCCUUUAGAAUACCUUUUUGUACAUCUCUAAAAUAAGUGCAUCCUUGUAAGAAGGGGUGUCAACCUUUAACAAGGUUUAAAUCGGGGGUCUUUCGAGGACAAAGAAAACCCGGAAUAACAAUAUAAACAAUUUUGAAAUAAAUUUGGAUGGUGACUUUA